UUCAUUUUAUAAGCGAUAAUUAUUGCUUUGUUGGGUUUAUAUUUUCCAAAAUAUUGUUGAAUUAUUGAGUGAAGUUACAAUGCCACGAGCAAGACGACGAAACAUAGGCCGGCGAACGCGUAAUGCAAAUCAAGUGGCAUUAUUAAGACGGUCUCAGACUACAGAUGAACGCACACAAGCUAAUGCAUCGCAGCGUGAACGUACUGCACAGAAUAGAUCUGUUGACCCUGUACCUGUACUUAAUCUUGCACGGCGAUCACGAAUACGUCGUGCUGUUUUGGAUGAAAUGCUGCGUGCUGCUUUUAUUUACAAUAGUCAGAUUGAUUAUAGUAUGUACGGAUACAUUGGAAUGAUGGACGCAAUAUGCCCACAUUGUGAUGCGGCUAACUUUCCAGGUGAAACGCCCGGCAUGUGUUGUGCUAAUGGUAAAGUAAGAUUGCCACCAUUAGAAACUCCACCCGAACCAUUGUCCUCAUUUAUUUUUGGGACAUCUCAAACGUCGAAGCAGUUUUUGAGUAAUAUUCAGCAAUACAAUUCGGCAUUUCAAAUGACUUCUUUUGGUGCUACUAAAAUUAUUAGAGAUAAUUUUAUGCCGACUUUUAAGAUUCAGGGCCAGAUUUAUCAUCAAGCUGGUUCGUUAUUGCCAUACCCCGACGCUAAUUAUCAAUUUUUGCAAAUUUAUUUUAUUGGUGAUGAAAAUCGUGAAUUGGAUCAACGUUGUGCAAUUGUUUCAAAUACAAGACGAGAAAUUAUUCGUGAGCUACAAAGGUUUUUCCAUCAGCAUAACGCAUUAGUUCAAUUGUUCAAAAUUUCUCUUGAUCGUAUGCCAUCUGAUAGUCACAAAAUUGUAAUAAGGGCUGAUAGAACACCUUUUGGAGAACAUGCAAGGCGAUUCAAUGCACCGACAAUUGAUGAGGUUGCAAUUGUUAUCCUUGAUGAUCAGUUUCCAUCCCGUGAUAUUGUACUUCAUCGCAGAAAUGAUCAAUUGCAACGUGUUUCGGAACUGCAUCGUAGUUACGAUGCAUUACAAUACCCAAUAUUGCAUUGGAAAGGUGACGAUGGCUACCAUAUCAAUAUACCAAUGAUUGAUCCACGAACAGGUCUACAUGUACAGAAAAAAGUUAGUGCCAUGAACUUUUAUUCGUAUCGAUUGAUGGUUCGUCUACAAGAACAAAAUUAUAUCUUGAGGUGUGGUAAACUAUAUCAUCAGUACAUCGUUGAUAUGUAUGCCAAAAUAGAAACUGAACGUCUUAAUUUUAUUCGUUUUAACCAAGCAAAAUUAAGAUCCGAGGAAUAUAUUCAUUUGCGAGAUGCGAUAAUGAAUGAUGCUAAUGUUAACGACAUUGGACGUUUAACUAUAUUGCCAUCGUCGUAUAUUGGUAGCCCACGGCAUAUGAACGAAUAUGCACAAGACGCAAUGUCUUAUGUACGAAAAUACGGUCGACCGGAUCUGUUCAUUACAUUUACAUGUAAUCCAAAGUGGGAUGACAUCAAAAACAAUUUAUUUGAAGGACAGUCUACAACUGAUCGUCAUGACAUCACAGCACGUGUUUUUCGGCAAAAAUUGAAAGCACUUAUGGAUUUAAUUGUAAAAUUAUGUGUAUUUGGAGAGGUUCGUUGCCAUAUGUACUCGAUCGAAUGGCAAAAAAGGGGAUUGCCGCACGCACAUAUAUUAAAUUGGCUGGUACAUAAAAUAACUCCGGAUCAAAUCGAUAACGUUAUAUCAGCUGAAAUUCCUGAUCAAACUGUCGAUCCUGAGUUAUUUCACGUUGUCGUUAAAAACAUGAUACAUGGUCCGUGCGGUGAACUAAAUAUGAAUUCGCCAUGCAUGAUUGAUGGAAAGUGUUCGAAACGAUACCCAAGGCAAUUGACUUCAAACACAAUAACUGGCAAUGACGGAUAUCCUUUGUAUCGACGUAGAUCACCUAAUGAUAAUGGCAAAACGGCAACCAUUAGAAUGCAUAAUCAGGACGUUGAAGUUGAUAAUCGUUGGGUGGUUCCGUAUUGUCCAUUAUUAUCGAAAAUAUUCAAUGCUCAUAUAAAUGUGGAAUAUUGUAAUUCAGUCAAAUCCAUUAAAUAUAUUUGCAAGUAUGUAAAUAAAGGAAGCGAUAUGGCUGUUUUCGGUGUUACCGGUGAUAAUAGAAAUGAUGAAAUUACUCAGUAUCAAAUGGGGCGCUAUAUAAGUAGUAAUGAAGCUGUCUGGAGGAUUAUGUAAUUUCCAAUGCACGAAAGACAUCCGGUAGUUGUUCACUUGGCUGUGCAUCUUGAGAAUGGCCAACGUAUUUAUUUUAAUGAAGCAAAUGUAUUGGAAAGAGCAGAACACCCACCAGCGACUACGUUGACCGCUUUUUUCAAAUUAUGCGAAACUGAUGCAUUUGCCAUA